CGCGCAGCGAGGGUCAAUCCCAGCCGUACACCUCAGCAAGCGAGUCGGCUGAGGGGUGGUGGAGAGGCCAGUUGCCUGUGCUGUCCACUCCGGCCUCCAGCCCUUCAGGCCGGCCUAGGUACUCUCUCAGGGCUGCCGGCUUCUGCAGCCUCUUGGCCGUCCGGAGCCAGCUCUUCAGGCCUGGACGCCGGGCCGCGGUGGCGCGGCCAUGGACUUCUCCAAGUUCCUGGCAGAAGACUUCGACGUGAAGGAAUGGAUCAAUGCGGCCUUCAGAGCUGGCCCCAAGGAGGCUGCGGCGGGGAAGGCAGACAGCCACGCAGCCACCCUGGUGAUGAAGCUGCAGCUGUUCAUCCAAGAAGUGAACCACGCCGUGGAGGAAACAAGCCAUCAGGCCCUUCAGAACAUGCCCAAAGUGCUCCGAGAUGUCGAAGCCCUUAAGCAGGAGGCGUCUUUUCUGAAAGAACAAAUGAUUCUUGUCAAGGAGGACAUUAAAAAAUUCGAACAGGACACGUCACAGUCGAUGCAGGUGUUGGUUGAAAUUGACCAGGUGAAGUCCAGGAUGCAGCUCGCUGCGGAAUCGCUGCAAGAGGCAGACAAGUGGAGCACGCUGAGUGCUGACAUCGAGGAGACGUUUAAGACGCAAGACAUAGCUGUGAUUUCUGCCAAGCUAACUGGUAUGCAGAACAGCUUAACGAUGCUCGUUGAUACCCCAGACUACUCAGAAAAAUGCGUCCACUUGGAGGCGUUGAAGAACAGGCUGGAGGCCUUGGCCAGCCCCCAGAUCGUGGCCGCUUUCACCUCGCAGUCCGUAGAUCAGUCCAAAGUGUUUGUCAAGGUUUUUACUGAAAUUGACCGGAUGCCCCAACUGCUUGCAUACUACUACAAGUGCCACAAGGUGCAGCUUCUAGCAGCCUGGCAGGAGCUGUGCCAGACUGACCUACCCCUGGAGCGGCAGCUCACUGGACUCUACGACGCCUUGCUUGGGGCCUGGCACACGCAAAUCCAGUGGGCUUCGCAGGUUUUCAGGAACCCCCACGAGGUGGUGACUGUGUUGCUGAUUCAGACCCUGGGGGCCCUGGUGCCCUCUCUGCCCAUCUGCCUCAGCUCCGGUGUGGAGAGGGCAGGGCCUGAGCUGGAGCUGGUCAAGCUGCUGGAGUUCUACGGCGCCACCGCCCACUUUGCCAAGGGGCUGGAGAUGGCACUGCUCCCCCACCCACAGGAGCACAACCUGGUGAAAGUCACAGAGUUGGUGGAUGCUGUGUAUGGACCAUACAAACCCUACCAGCUGAAGUACGGCGACAUGGAAGAGAAGAACCUUCUCAUCCAGAUCAGUGCGGUGCCUCUGGAACACGGAGAAGUCAUUGACUGUGUGCAGGAGCUGAGCCACUCUGUGAACAAGCUCUUCGGCCUGGCGUCUGCAGCCGUUGACAGAUGCAUCAAAUUCACCAAUGGCCUGGGGACCUGUGGCCUGCUGGCAGCCCUGAAGUCCCUCUUUGCCAAGUAUGUGUCUGAUUUCACUUGUACUCUCCACUCAAUACGAAAGAAGUGCAAGCUGGAUGAUAUUCCCACCAACUCCCUUUUUCAAGAAGAUUGGACAGCUUUUCAGAACUCCAUUAGGAUAAUAGCCACCUGUGGAGAGCUCUUGCGGCAGUGUGGGGACUUUGAGCAACAGCUAGCGAACAGGAUUUUGUCCACGGCUGGGAAGUAUCUCUCGGAUUCCUACAGCCCUCGGAGCCUGACGGGUUUUCAGGAUAGCAUUUUGACAGACAAGAAGAGCUCUGCCAAGAACCCAUGGCAAGAAUAUAAUUACCUCCAGAAGGACAGCCCUGCUGAAUAUGGCAGUUUAAUGGAAAUACUUUAUACCCUCAAGGAAAAAGGGUCGAGUAACCACAACCUGCUGUCGGCAUCUCGAGCGGCCCUGACUCGGCUUAACCAGCAGGCCCAUCAGCUGGCUUUCGAUUCUGUCUUCCUGCGCAUCAAACAGCAGCUGCUCCUCAUUUCCAAGAUGGACAGCUGGAACACAGCUGGCAUUGGAGAGACCCUGACCGAUGACCUGCCCACCUUCAGUCUCACCCCCCUCGAGUACAUCAGCAACGCCUUGUAGCUGAUGUCCCUUGGUCAGCUGAUGAACCCCAGGCGGAUCUCAGAACGCAGCCCAUUCCUGCUCCUCCCCCAGCCCUCUCGGUCGCCGGUGCGGCCAGUACCCAAGGGCAUCAGCGUGUGGUCCCUUGGAGGUGCUGACUUGGGAAGACGGGAAGCAGGUGACUGUGUCUUUUUGGAAGAACCGUGUGUCUGUGGUCCUGAGUUCAAACUGACAAAACAGAUAGAACCUCCUAUGUGCCAGGCCUGUGCUGAGUGCUCUCAUGUUCAGUUGCACAGAAGCAAGUAAAUCUCUUCACAAGAAUUGUAGUUAUAGAGGCUGACUAUAUUAACAAAGAACAGAAUAGCCCUGCAGGGGAGCAAGGGCCCUCGGAGCCCUUCCCCCCCCCUCACCUUUCACCCCUGGGAGUUGACUAUCACCCAGACAUCUGUACCUGGCCUUAACUUUCAUUCCUUCCUGCAGCCUGGCUCCCUUGCUCUGAAAUGUCAGUGUGCAUGAGAAAUACUCUACAGGAGGAAUACACCCCAACUGUGUCUUCCUCACACUGCGGGAGGGUUCUGCAAUUUUCAGGGGGGCUUUUUAUUUAUUUUUU